AUGCCUCUGAACGCGGGAACCACCGGGUACGGCAGCGUGACGGGCAGCGUGGCCGGCCCCGGGCUGUCGGCCAGCGGCGCGGGCGGCUCGGAGUCGGCCCCGCUGCUCAUCCGGGAGCCUGAGCCGGUGCCUUACCAGCAGUGGCAGCCCCUGACCAAGGAGGAGCUGGAGCUCGCCGCGGGGGGUCCCCAUUGGAGGAAGGCGCGUUGUUACCUGUUGCUGCUGUUCUGGCUGGCGUGGGUGGCCAUGAUCUCCGGCGCCAUCGCCAUCUUGAUAAUGAGCCCGCGGCCCGUUGCAAUGUCCCUCGAAUGGUGGCAGAAGACGCUGUUCUACCGGCUGCAGCCCGACCUGCUCGCGGAGAAGCAAGCCGGCGGGUCAGUGGGCGUCAAUGCACUGUGUGAGCAGCUGCCCUCCCUGCGGGCCCUGGGUAUAGGAGCUCUAAUCCUGGAGGGUCUGUUUGACAAGAAGGCCUCUUCUUUGAACCUCAAUGUCACCGGUGAAAGAUUUGGGACUUUGCCUCAGAUCCAGCAUCUGCUUAUAGAGAGCCACAGAGCAGAUCUCAAAGUGGUGUUGGACGUCUGUGAAGUGGAUCUAUUGGGGCCUCGGGAUGCAGUGGGAAACUCUGCCGCUGACAAUACUUUCCCCCAGCAUGCCCUUCGGUUCUGGCUGGAGCAGGGUGUGGCAGGCUUUGUUAUAUGCGACACGGAUGCAGCCUAUUCAGGAAGGACACUCCUGGAGUGGAAGGGUGUCUUUAAAGAAUUCAGCAGUGAGGAGAUGAAACGGAUUGCGGUGGUCAAACAGACGAGAGACGUUUUGCCGCCUCUAAACCAGGGCAAUGUUACGCUGGUGGAUGUGGUCAUGAGGUCAAUUCUUCCAUCUUCACAAUACCUCCUGUCUACUAAGGAAGUCGCGAGUGCCAUAGAGACACGUCUGCAAACAAGUGGAGAAGACAUAUGGCCCAGCUGGACGGUUGGAGGUAAAGCAUCCCUUGAAUUGAAGGAAUUACUCCUGGUGUUGCUGAUGACUCUGCCAGGGUCACCUGCAGUGCAGUAUGACGAAGACCUCACCCAAGCACAGGACAAGGAGCGCUCGGUUGCAGCGCUCUUCUCCACCCUCGCUGCCUCCAGAGCCCGAGAAGAAGCUCUUCUGUUUGGCAGUUUUACUUUCCUCCCCUUUAAUUCUUCCACCGCCUCCAACUCCUCCUCCUCUAACUCCACCCUUCCCCCUCCACCCAUCCUGGCCUUCUUGCGCUCCUGGGGUUGUGUCCACUUCCUCGUCCUGCUCAACGUCGGGCCCGAGCCCGGGGGCCUGGAUGCCGCCCGGGCCCCCAGCCUGCCCACGGCGGGAGUCUUCGUGGCCAACUCGAGGAUGGACCGCGUGGGAUCCACGUCUCUGGACACGUUGGUGCUGCGGCCCCGCGAGGCCGCCGUCAUCAAACUGUUCGAGCCGGGCAGCUACUCGUAGAGCUCGGAGCGUCAGGAGGAGAGUCGGCCGUCCGGAUCCGUUUUCCACACGGAAGGACACACGUCUGACACGAUUGUUUAUUUGUCAUGGUUUCCCGUGCUCUGGUCACUGAAAACAUGCAUGUGGGUCAA